UCCGGCUACGGGUCCCGGAGCGGAGCGGGAGGCCGGACCCGGGGAGCGGAGCGACGGCGGCGGCGGUGGGGUCGGCCAUGGCGGAGCUGGUGCAGGGGCAGAACGCUCCAGUGGGCAUGAAGGCUGAGGGCUUCGUGGAUGCCCUGCACCGGGUCCGGCAGAUUGCUGCUAAAAUUGAUUCAAUUCCUCACUUGAAUAAUUCCACACCCCUGGUGGACCCCUCGGUGUACGGAUAUGGAGUACAGAAGCGGCCCCUGGAUGAUGGAGUAGGUAACCAGUUAGGGGCCUUGGUACAUCAAAGGGCAGUAAUAACAGAAGAAUUCAAAGUACCUGAUAAAAUGGUUGGAUUUAUUAUUGGCAGGGGAGGUGAGCAGAUUUCACGAAUUCAAGCAGAAUCUGGUUGCAAAAUUCAAAUUGCCUCAGAGAGUUCUGGGAUUCCAGAGAGGCCCUGUGUACUUACCGGAACCCCAGAAAGUAUUGAACAAGCCAAACGGCUCCUGGGGCAGAUUGUGGACCGCUGUCGGAAUGGACCCGGCUUUCACAAUGACAUAGAUGGCAACAGCACAAUCCAAGAGCUUCUCAUCCCUGCAUCUAAAGUGGGUCUGGUCAUCGGCAAAGGAGGGGAAACUAUCAAGCAAUUGCAGGAGCGGACAGGUGUGAAAAUGGUCAUGAUCCAGGAUGGCCCACUGCCCACAGGAGCAGACAAGCCUCUCCGCAUCACUGGAGAUCCAUUUAAAGUACAGCAAGCAAGAGAAAUGGUCCUAGAGAUCAUCCGAGAAAAAGACCAGGCUGACUUCCGGGGUGUACGUGGCGAUUUCACCUCCCGACCAGGAGGAGGUAGUAUAGAGGUGUCUGUGCCUAGGUUUGCUGUUGGGAUUGUCAUAGGAAGAAAUGGAGAAAUGAUCAAAAAGAUCCAGAAUGAUGCUGGCGUGAGGAUCCAGUUCAAACCAGACGACGGGAUUAGUCCAGAAAGAGCAGCACAGGUCAUGGGCCCUCCAGAUCGGUGUCAGCAUGCAGCGCACAUCAUCAAUGAACUCAUUCUAACAGCGCAGGAAAGAGAUGGCCUUGGAGGCCUGGCGGUAGCUAGAGGAAGAGGUCGUGGCCGUGGGGACUGGAGUGUGGGCACUCCUGGUAGUGUCCAGGAAAUUACAUACACAGUGCCAGCUGAUAAGUGUGGCCUUGUAAUAGGCAAAGGGGGCGAGAACAUCAAAAGCAUCAACCAGCAGUCAGGUGCGCACGUGGAGCUUCAGCGGAACCCCCCUCCUAACACCGACCCCAACCUGCGGAUAUUUACCAUCAGGGGUGCUCCUCAGCAGAUCGAGGUGGCCAGGCAUCUCAUAGAUGAGAAAGUUGGCGGUGCCAGCCUCGGAGCCCCUGCAGCCUUUGGACAGAGCCCCUUCAGCCAGCCACCAGCUGCGCCACAUCAAAACGCCUUUCCUCCCAGGGGCUUCCCCAACAUGGCUGCUAAAGUUAACGGGAACCCCCACAGCACCCCUGUGAGCGGCCCUCCAGCUUUUCUGACCCAGGGCUGGGGCAGCACUUACCAGGCUUGGCAGCAGCCCACACAAGUCCCAAGCCAGCAGAGCCAGCCACAGAGCAGCCAGCCCGACUACAGCAAGGCCUGGGAGGACUAUUACAAAAAGAGUCAUACCACCAGUGCUGCCCCUCAGGCCAGCUCCCCACCAGACUACUCGAUGGCCUGGGCGGAGUACUACAGGCAGCAGGCCGCCAUCUACGGGCAGACUUUAGGGCAGGCUCAGGCCCACAGCCAGGAGCAGUAGAUGGGCGUCUGCAGCGGCUCUUCCCCGAAAUCAGUGUGAGAGAAACCUGUUUGUUACAGAGAUUUUUAGAUUUGCAGACCUUUCAAUGAAGAACCUUUGUUCUGUGAAACACUAUAUUUAGAUUAACAGAGAUUUUCUAAAAAUCGGGAAAAUUAGUUACUAAACAUUGCUGGUAAUUUCUGUGUCAUGAUUUCUUUGUUACUCCAAUGUGUAAGCUCUGGGGUUCUGGAGCCAAACCUGCAAGCUCAGGUGCCCGGACCUCCUCAGAGUCCUGACGUUUCAUCAGAUAAUGGGUUUGUUUUUAUUGUUGUGUCUUUUUAUUUACAGGUUUUUUUGUUUGUUGUUUCUGUUUUCUGUUGCAACAGAAAAAUGGCUUGGAAGUCUUAGGUGGUAAUGUAACAAAUUCUUUAAAAAAAUUUUAAGCAGUAUUUAAAUAUUCGUAAAUGUAAAUUCAUUAAGUGUUUCACCUCCAAUUUCUUGUAUCUUGGCUGUCCAGUUUUAUUGCGUUUUUUUAAACUGAACUAUUAUGUAUUGUAAUUAAUGAUGUGAAUUGUGAAUGAGACGGGUCCUGUUGCAGGAGGGCGUUUGUGGGUUGUGUCGUUUCUAGCGUUCCAAGGGUAAUGCAAAGACAGACACAGUCCACUUUCAUGUAACUGCCCAUCUCUGUUACCCGGUGCAGUUGUGUGUCUAAGACCUCCAAGCGGUUUUAAAAACAAAAAGCCUUUCUCUAUUCUCAGAAAUAUAAAUACUGUUAUUUUUAAUAUUAAAAAGAAAUUCAAUAUAACUUUUAACAAACACUGUGGACAUUAAACCAUAUAAAAAUGUAGUAACUAUUUUUUAAUUCCAAGGUGUUUUUUUUGCUUUUUUCUUUUAAAUAUUUUCUUAAUAUUUGUCAAAUUAACUAGAUAAAUAAAUAAAUCUAGUAUUAACCACAGUAUGAGUUAAAUAAUUUUGAUUUAAUAAAAGGGAUAUGAUUUCCAAUGUUUACUGUAGUGUAUCUUGUACAGAUAACAUGUAUUUUUAAAGAAAAAAAACUGAAUUGAAGCUAUUUUUUUCUUGCAUUUUGAAUUGACCCCGAGGAACAUUCCGUCUGAAAUGUGCUCUAGUUGCAGUUUCCAGUUCUCUUGUUUCCUUACCAUGCUUGAAAUGUCUAACUAUUAAAAAAAGGCAGUUGGAAAUGUUAUGCAUGUUUGUUUGUUUUUUAAGGUGUUCAUUUUAUUUGACUGACAAUUCAUUUUACACUCUAUAUAAUAAAAUUUCCACAAGAUAUCUUGUGGGCAAA